UAAGCAACCAAUCCAACCUCAAAAUUUUUGACAGUGUUAUCUCGCUGAAAAGUAGUAAAAUAUGGCUUUAAUAAGCGUGCGAAAUUUAUUUAAGUGCGGACAGUUGUUGAACGAGUCCCUUCUCUUUAACAGCAGGUCCAUAACCUUAACAAAUGCGAGAAGAAAUACCGCUGAAGAAAAGAAAUCGGAUUCCGAUUCACAAAGUGCUUCUGAAGAUAAAGGAAACGAAGCAAUCGAAAAACUAUCCAAAGAAAUUACAGAACUUACAGAAAAAAAUACUGAAAUUAUGGUAUGGUAUUACAAAAUCCCUUAUGUUGUUUCUUGGAACAUUUUUUCAGGAUAAAUACAAACGCGCUCUAGCCGACGGGGAAAAUUUACGAAACAGAUUAACCAAACAAAUAUCCGAAGCCAAAAUCUAUGGAAUCCAAAGUUUCUGCAAAGAUUUACUAGACGUAGCCGAUGUCUUGAACAAAGCCACCGAAACCGUGCCCAAAGAGGAAAUCAGCGACAAUAACCCCCAUUUGAAGGGGUUAUAUGAAGGUUUGGUCAUGACGGAAGCACAAUUGAAAUCGGUGUUCAAAAGGCAUGGGCUUGAGCCUGUGAACCCCAUGAAUGAGAAAUUUAACCCCAAUUUCCACGAGGCCCUAUUUCAACAGGAUGUGGAAGGCAAAGAGACAGGGACUGUUGUUAUAGUUUCGAAGAUUGGAUAUAAACUACAUGAGAGAGUGGUUCGUCCAGCACUUGUCGGUGUAGCAAAAUAAAUUAUUAUUUGUAAAAAUUGGUUUUUCUCUAAUGUGAACUUUAUUAUCUCACAGAGAACGAUGAUGUACAAAAUAGUCUUAAAUCGUUAUUAUUUUU